AUGCUUCGAUAAUGUAAAUGCGAUUUAAAAUUAUCAUGUAAUUAAUAGUUUUCCAGAAUUGAUUUAUAAUAAUUCAUAAUCGAACCGAAACAAAAAUACCUUUGAUCGAACGAUUGAUAAGUCAAGUUUUCUCUCCGAGUCAAAUAUUCUUUUACGGAGUAAAGUAUGCAUCACGUACUUAAAAUAUAUUUCGUAAUGAUAAAUUAAAAAAAAGUGACGUGUAAAACAUGAUGGAAUCGAAAUGAAAUCGUCAUAUAAAUAAAAUAUCGUGAAAAGAUAUGGAAGAUACAAACUUUUGAAUUUCUUUCAUUCACUGUAAAAAACUGAAGAAAAAAAAGAAAAAAAAAAAUGGGCAAAUUUUUUUUGCUUUUCUCAAGAUUCAGAGCAAUCUUUAGACCCGAAACUGUUACAGACAAUCCUGUCGACCCAUGUACAAAACCGGAAUGUCUUCCACGGCCACCUGCUGCAUCUAAUUCUGGGGAGGACUUCACGGUGCCGGUGCUCACGAUUCUGCACGUGGACCCGUGCAUCGGCGAGAACGGGGCUAAGCACAGAACGUCGAGGUACGAGGCGAUGAGCCGGGACGGCGACGGGUCGAGGCUGGUAGUGAGACGCGGCCAAGAGUUCUACCUGCACCUCGCCCUGUCCAGGGAUUACGACCCGGACACGGACGGCAUAUCGCUGGUGUUCACCGUGGACGGGGCUGAUAGGCCGCAAUACGGCCACGGCACCCUGGUCGCGACCCCCGUCCUCUACCCCGGCCAGCGAUCCGAGGCUUCUUGGCAGGCUUACAUCGACUCCCUUCACUCCAAUUUCCUUCGAUUGAAGAUCGUCCCCGCCCCCGACGCGAUAAUAGGCAAAUGGAGGAUGGACAUCGACACGAAGAACAAGAGCACGGACGGGGCGGUGAGUUUCACGAUGAAGCACCCCUUCUACCUCGUGUUCAACCCUUGGUGCAAAGAGGACGCGGUUUACAUGGAGGGCGAGGACGAGAGGCAGGAGUACGUGAUGGCGGAGGACGGGCUGAUAUGGCGGGGCAGUUACAAUCGUCCCAGGCGGACCGUGUGGAAGUACUCGCAGUUCGAGCGCGACAUAUUGGACUGCGCUUUGCACCUGAUGAUCGAGGUUGGAAAAGUUCGAGUCUCGGCGAGGCACGAUCCCGUAAUUAUAUCGCGAGUCUUGUCCGCGGCGGUGAACUCGCCGGACGACAACGGGGCGCUGAUGGGUAAUUGGUCGAACGAUUUCGGGGGUGGCACGCCGCCCACCAAGUGGCUCGGCUCGCAGAAGAUACUGCAGCAGUACUACAAGACCAGGAAACCGGUCAAGUACGGGCAGUGCUGGGUGUUCUCGGGCGUGUUGGCCACCAUUUGCCGUGCCCUCGGACUACCGUGCCGCGUUGUGACCAAUUACUCGAGCGCGCACGACACCCAGAGCAGCCUCACCGUCGACUACUUCGUGGACGCCGAGGGGAAAGUGAUGAAGGAGUUGAACAGGGACUCUGUCUGGAAUUUCCACGUGUGGAACGAGGUGUGGAUGAAACGGGACGACAUAUCGGCGGAGUAUUCCGGUUGGCAGGCGAUCGACGCGACCCCCCAGGAGUUGAGCGAGAACGCUUACCGGUGCGGCCCUGCCUCCGUGAUCGGCGUGAAGAGGGGUGAUGUGCUUCGCCCGUACGACAACGCUUUCGUGUUCGCCGAGGUGAACGCGGACAUAGUGUUCUGGCGGUACAACGGGCCCACGCAGCCGUUGAAGCUGAUCCAGAAGGACGCUUACGGAAUCGGGCAAUUGAUCAGCACGAAAGCGGUGGGCAAAUGGACGAGGGAGGAUAUCACUCACACCUACAAGUAUCCGGAGAAAUCGGAAGAGGAGCGGGCCACCAUGUUGAAAGCGUUGCGCCAGAGCCAAUCCCUGUUCAGCCGUUAUUACCUCAACGACGAAUUUAACGACGUCACGUUCGACUUCGAGCUUCGGGACGAUAUCGUGAUAGGACAACCGUUCAGCGUGGUGCUGUCGAUCAAGAACAGGAGCGAUCGCAACGAGUACGAGGUGUCGGUGAUUCUGAGGGUGGAGACGGUGCUGUACACGGGGAGGGUCGGCGAUCCGGUGAAAAGAUGGAGCGUGAACCGAGUGGUGAUGCCGAGGACGGUCGAGGAGGCGCGCAUGGACGUGUCCUGGCAGGAGUACGGGCCCCGAUUGUUGGAUCAAUGCGCGUUCAACGUUGCCUGCCUCGCCACCGUCAAGGACACCAAUUUCGAAUACUUCGCGCAAGACGAUUUUCGCGUGAGGAAGCCAGACAUCGCGAUCAGGUUGGAGAACGAGGCGGUAGUUGGGGACGAGUUGAAGGCGACGGCCAGGUUCCAGAAUCCGUUACCGAUCCCGUUGAACAAGGGCCGUUUCCUGAUCGAGGGGCCGGGUUUGGACGAGCAGCUGAAGGUGAAAUUGCCGGAUCCGGUGAGAACGGGGGCGUACGCCGAGUGCUCGUUCUCCAUGGUGCCGAGAUACGAGGGACGCGCCACGAUUGCGGCGAAAUUUUACUCCAACGAGCUCGAGGACGUGGACGGUUUCGUCAAUUUUAUGGUGAAACGGAACGGCGAUUGAACGCCGUUUCUCUUCCUUCUCGUAACGUCUUCUAAUCUUUUCCUUUUUGUUGCGACGAAUAAUAAAAGUUUUCAGAGAUCGCUUAUA